AUGCGAUUCCUCACCCUGCUAGCUCUCUUCACCGCCUACGCCAGCCACCUGGCGCUCGCUGCUCCCUCAGGCCUCGUCGCUCGCGCAGACACGGUAUACAACAUCGGUAUCAACAUCGGGCCGCAGUUUGUGAUCAAGGAUGGCAGGGCUUCCAUUGGCACCGCGUCCGGCACCGAGGAGAAGCACGAUUGGGGCGGAGACGUUCUAGGCCAUGUUUCACGCAAGAUCAUCGUCGGAGGUCUGGGCGAGCAGUUCGACAGCAUUGCCGGGUCAUGGAUUCAGGAACAGAGUUUCCGGUAUGAGGAGGCGUUUGAAGCGGAUGGUGUCAAGCAGAAAGCGGAGCCAUUCAAAGGUGUGUGCUUCAAAAAGUUUGCUCAUCGCGCUCCUCCUGGUCAUCAUGGAGCGAUGACCCGCUCGGUCGAAUUCACGGUACCGACCGCUGAGGCGAUACGGGCUGCGGAGGCCGCCGGACAGGCGGGACGUGGCGGUCAUCGCGUGGAGGAUGCAGACAUCAGCUUCUCCUGCGAGCGAUCGUAUUAG